AUGGUCACAGUCGUCAACGUUGCCCUCGAUGAGCCCAGGGAGGUGCUGGCAACCACCCAGACACUAAGUCUAAGCUCCCAGUCUGCCAGCCACAUCCAGCUCUGGCAGGAGAAAGUUCGUGGUGGAUUUGCAGCAUUGCCGAUCGUGUUCGCCAGUGCCCACGGCCAUACCGUGACCGAUGUAGACGGCAAGAAAUACAUUGACAUGAUUACACAGUUUGCCGUUCUGAACUUUGGCCAUGGCCACCCGAAGAUCGUGGAAGCGGUGGUAGAGCAGACACGCAAGCUCAGUCUGGUCAACACGAGCUUUAUCAAUCCACUCUAUGCCAAGCUGGCAGAUCGUAUCACCAAGAAAUUCGGCUAUGACUCCAUUGCGGCCAUGCUCAGCGGCUCUGAAGCAGUUGACUCGGCCAUCAAGAUCUCUCGCAAGUGGGCAUACGUCAAGAAAGGCAUCCCUGCCGAUGAAGCGCUGAUCCUAACCACUGAUCGAUGUUACCAUGGUAUCAAUCUGACGGUGAUGCCAUUGUCAAAUCGCAUGGCAGAAAACUUUGGAAAGCAUCUGCCGAACGUGGGGCCGUUCAGUCCCAUCGACGGCAGGCUUAUUCGAUAUGGGAGCUCUGAAGAUCUGGAGGAAGUGCUGGAGCAAUGCGGAACAAAAGUGGCGGCCUUCCUGGUCGAGCCCAUUCAAGGCUAUGCUGGAACGCGCAUUCCGCCGGACGGAUAUCUUCGACGUGUGCAAGACAUCUGUCAGAAACACAAUGUCCUUGUCAUUUGUGAUGAAAUCCAAACCGGGUUCGGCCGCACAGGUCGUGAUCUGGCUUAUCAGCACGAGCUCGGUGUCAAGCCUGACCUUGUCUUGCUCGGUAAAGGCCUUACUGGAGGAGUCACACCGCUUUCCCUUGUCAUGGGCAAGAAACAUGUGAUGGACAUCUUGGCCCCAGGCGAGGUUGCAAAUACCUAUGCCGCAUCGCCCCCGGCGUGCGCGGCAGCGCUUGCAGUGCUGGACAUCCUAGAAGAAGACCAAAUCUCGGCCCGAGCACAACGCCUUGGGAGGAUAAUGUCCAACGCUAUCCAGGAGGCUCAACUACCCCAUCUACUCGAACAUCGCGGCAAGGGCCGGGGCCUGUUCCAGACGUUGGUCAUCGAUGAGUCUGCAGAUGGGUUGGUGACGGCUCGCCGUAUCGCGGCUCUGUGUGCAGUCAGAGGCGUCCUGGUUGGAAAUGGGAGCAACAGGGUGCGUCUGAGCCCGCCGUUGACCAUCUCGGAGACGGCCUUGUUGAAAGCCGUGAACGUCAUCGCAAGCGCGUUCAGGGAUGUUGGGGCGUUGGGAGAUUUCGCCGGGUCGGAGUAUUUGAAUUGA